AAGCACGUGUCAUGGCUGACAGAAAACAAAUGCCUGGUGAAUUCAAGCCAGGAAGAUGCGGCUUUUAUCUGGAGAAGAAAAGGCGAUAUUGCAGGGCAGUACCAAAUGAAGGAAAUAAAUAUUGCAUAGAGCAUUCACAUCUACUUGGGGAAUUGAAGGAUCAAGAAAGAAUUCCCUGUCCAUUAGAUCCAAAGCACUCCUGCUAUAAAAGCAAAUUGAAGAAGCACCUUAAAAAGUGCAAUGCCCGAGAAAAAGUACAACCUGCCUGCUACCAGAAAUCUGUUAAUUCUGGAUAUGGCGAGGAUGAAACUGAGACAGAGAAGGUCACAAUCCUGACAGUGCCAGUUGAAGAGGUUUUCCAACUGAUAGAAAAGGUCAAGAAUAUCCAUGAAAAGUGCCAGCUACUCAUCCAGGAGGAAAUCCUUGAGCAUCCAGUUAUGAGGGAAGAGCUGAGCAAUAAAACAUAUGGAGAAGCUGCACUGAAACACAGAAGACAGCAGUCAUCCUUGGUAGCUCAUAUGCAGAAAUUAGGUUUGUUGAAGGAUGGAACAUGUUUUGUAGAAUUUGGAGCAGGAAAAGGUGCACUGUCCCACUGGGUUCAGCUGGCUCUUCCAGAAUCCAAGGACAAUAGUUACAUACUAGUGGACAGGGGUACAGCAAGGUACAAGAUGGAUAACUACCAUAACAACAAAGAAGAAGGUCCUAUAUUUGAAAGAUUGAGAAUGGACAUAGAGCAUCUUUGUCUGAGUAAAGUGCCAACAGUCAUCGACCAUCCCAGGGCUGUGGUAGGGAUGAGCAAGCACUUGUGUGGAGCUGCAACUGAUCUGACAUUGCGAUGCAUGGUAGGGUCUAAUAAAUGUGAAAAAGAGUGUACAGGGGAUUUAGGCCACGUUAACAAGAAGCAGAAAGUGGAUGAAUCAACCAAGCCAAAUGAAAAACAAGAAAAUAGCUGGAUUGAAGGAAUCAUUAUAGCACUUUGCUGCCAUCAUCGCUGUUCAUGGACACAUUUUGUGGGUAAAGAUUUCUUCACUCAGCAUGGACUGACUGGCCGUGACUUUCAGCUGGUGACCAGCAUGUCAAGCUGGGCAACUUGUGGAUACAGGCCAAACAAAAAGGGUGUGGAUCUGACAUUGCGAUGCAUGGUAGGGUCUAAUAAAUAUAAAAAAGAGUGUACAGGGGAUUUAGGCCACGUUAACAAAAAGCAGAAAGUGGAUGAAUCAACCAAGCCAAAUGAAAAACAAGAAAAUAGCUGGAUUGAAGGAAUCAUUAUAGCACUUUGCUGCCAUCAUCGCUGUUCAUGGACACAUUUUGUGGGUAAAGAUUUCUUCACUCAGCAUGGACUGACUGGCCGUGACUUUCAGCUGGUGACCAGCAUGUCAAGCUGGGCAACUUGUGGAUACAGGCCAAACAAGAAGGGUGUGGAAAAAUCCAGUUCAGCACAGGAACCAAGCAAAGCUCCAACCCCUUAUUCCUCACUGGAUCAAAAUCUAGUCAAAAUUGAAAACAAAACUUUAGUUGAGGAAAAUAUGCCUGACCAAAGUGAAACAAGCAGCUGUCAAAGUGACAUGAAACAGAAAAAUCAUGACAAACACAUAGACGAACAUAAUAGUGAUGAUGGUGGUGAACAUGCAAAAAAUGAAGACAGUGGUUAUAAUCAUCCAAGGUAUGGAGCACUUACUCCAAAACAAAGAGAAGAUAUUGGAAAACAAUGCAAAAGACUGAUAGACCUUGGAAGGAUGCACUACCUCAAACAAAAAGGUUUCCAGACACAGCUAAUGGUCUAUAUUCCCCAUACAGUCUCCUUAGAAAAUGUGGUGCUUACUGCUGUGCCAUUAGAUAGGUUUGGUGCUAUGCUUGCUGAAGGCAAUUCCCUCCAGUAGACAUGACAACAGUCAAAGACAGUUUAAAGACAAAUGGAAGUGCAAUUUGUUUUUACAUAAUGAGUUAAGAGACAUUUUAGUAUUAAAUUAUUCAAUGAUAGACUUUUCAGUAAUUAAAUAACAAACAUUUGUUUUGCUUUGAAAGUGCUAUUUACAAUGGCAGUUACUCUUGACAUUUUCCAAUUUGUUUCCAUCUUACGUUGAAUUAUUUGUGGAAAGAGGAUAUUAUUUUUAUUUUGACUUUUUAUGUCAAAUGUUUGAAUAGUUCAAAACCUUUUGAUGUGAAAAAAUUUAAAGUACACAGUACAAAAAUCAUCACAUUCUUUCAUUCUGCAUGGUGCUCAAAGCGAGUUUAAAUUUUAAAAUAAUAAACAUUUAUUGGAUUUUAAAAAAAUUUUAUUCAAAGGUUACAUAUUAUUGGUAUGUUUGAUAUACAUGUAUCAAUGAUAAAGAAAAAGGGGAUGUCUCAAUACUCUUGAAGGUUCAUUGGUCCAAAGAUUCACUGGUCUGAAAUAUUGUAUAAUUAUCGUUUGUGAAUAUGUAUUGAGGAAAUGAUAAUUAUACAAUAUGGGUAAGACAUAAAAGAAAAGUGUACAUAAUUUAUCUACGCCCCUGGUAGAAUGUAGGCCUACUCCCCAAAUCUUACAUUUUUGUAUUAUGGCUAUGCACCUGCCUCUGAAGAACUUUAUUAUCAAUAUACGUUAUUCACACAUUCAAACUGUUGAACAUUCAGACCAAUGAACCUACGGACUAUUAAUUGUAAUGGCCCUAAGAAAAACUUCUCUCUCGUAAUAAUUAUCAGAAGUAACACAAAAUGGAGAAACACAUCAGUUUUAUUAAACAAAAACACAAAACCAGUGUUAAAACCACA